GAACUCCCCCAUCCACCCUCUCCCUCUCCCUCUCCCUCUCGUCUAAAACCCUAACCCUAGCUCUUCCGCUCCAAUCAAAAAAUUCUGUCCAAAUCCCUAACCCUAGCCGUAGAGAAGCAAAACCUAACCCUAGACAAGCGAGGGGGAUGGCGACGAUCAGCUUGCGGAAGGGGAACACGCGGCUUCCGCCGGAGGUGAACCGGGUUCUGUACGUUCGGAACCUGCCCUUCAACAUCUCCAGCGAGGAGAUGUACGACAUCUUCGGCAAGUACGGCGCCAUCCGUCAGAUCCGCAUCGGCAACAGCAAGGACACACGUGGCACCGCCUUCGUCGUCUACGAGGACAUCUACGAUGCAAAGACAGCAGUCGAUCACUUGUCCGGCUUCAACGUCGCCAACCGAUAUCUCAUCGUCCUCUACUACCAGCAGGCCAAAAUGUCUAAGAAGGUGGACCACAAGAAGAAGGAAGAUGAGCUCGCCAAGAUGCAGGAGAAGUACGGCAUCUCCAAAGAUAAGUAGCCGUUGAUCCCGGUCUCUUCCUUUCUUCUCAAUUCUGAUAUAAUUACAAUGGGUCGAGGGCGGGGGAUGCAAGUAGCGUCCUUUUCUUGAGAUUGGAAUUUGAAUUGGUUUUUUUUUUCUUUCAAAUGUCUGUCUUUCUUCUAUUGUGGUUGUAUGGAUAUAGAAAAAGGUUAGAGAUGGUAGAUGUGAAUUGUGUGUAUGAUAUCUGAAAAAUGGAGUUUGGACCGUUGAUUUUUGCUAAAAUGACAAGGAGAGUAUGGUUGUGAAA